AUGCCAAAGAAGAUCAUGAAGGCUGUGAAGAACAAGCCCCAGGUUUGGCCAGCUCCAAAGAAAGGAAAAGCCCGCACCUUUAUGAAGUCCAAUGCUCCCAUGAAGAAAUGCAAGCCUGUCCCGUAUGUCCGGCAUCCAGGUGUGCAGACCAAGUUUCGAAAGGAAAGGAUUCACUUCGGUGUGUCAGUUCAAGGCCUCAUCUCUAUGCGUCCUCGGGCUUUGUUCCGUUGUUUGCAGAAAAAUGGCAUUCUCCUCGACUGGAGAGGCCAGACCUGUCCCCAUUGUGGCGCUGGGAGUCUCCAACCUCUGCGCUUCUUCAAAGACAGAAAGGUUUGGGCGCACAAGUGCACAGCCAAGCUUUGCAGAAAAUAUGUUCAGCCACAUGACUUCCAUCCCAUUUUCCAUCAUGGACGUGGGGCCAGCUACACUCCCUUGGGGCAUCAAGCAGCUGUUCUAUGCUGUGCGCUUGCGGGCGUACCAGCAACCUCAGCUCCCGUCAUCUUGGGCAUGAAUCACAAGCCCGUCUCGCGCAUCUACAACAACCUUGAGAUUGCUCGCAGCCGUCAUGUCCUCCAGAAACAGAAGGAAAUCCACUUCGGAGCCAGACACAAAUGGUGUGAUGUUGAGGCGGAUGAAGUUGAUAUCGGCAAGGAAGUUGACUUACAGCACAAAAGGGCCAAGUGGGAGCAGUGGGGUGGCAUUGUCGAGCGGGGCCAGCCUAGCACCUUGGUUCUCUUCCGCCUCCCUCCAAAGACUACCGCUGUGCGCUCGCCAGGUCCAGGCCCAAUCACCAAGCGAGAUUGGAAACCCAUUGCUCAUAAGUUCUUGGAGAAUCGUGAUGUGAUCUUGCAUACUGAUGGUGCCAAGACCUACAAGAUGAAAUUGUCCGGCGUGGUGCAUGACAACGUAGUGCACAAGAAGAAGCAGGUGCUCGUGAAGGGAAAGCCUGUGUGGGUGAAGCCUCAUUACACCAAAGUGUGGAAACACAAGUUGCCAAAUGGCAAAAGCGUAACCGUGAAAGCAGGUACGCAAAUCAUCGACCGCUUCUGGGGCCAUCUGCGCGCAGCUUUGAAACAUGCUCCGCGUAAGGCCAUGAUCUUCGUCAUGGUGAGUUGUUUGACCGAACGCUCCACAGCCUCGGAGGUGUUCCUGCCCAGCAGUCGCGAGGAACGCCUGGCUGCACAGGUACCGCAGGUGGCGGUGGAUGGUGAGACCACACCAGCGCAGGUUCCAUCCGUCUUCCAUCAACGAGUGGAAUACCUGGGUUUGGAGCUGUUGAGGAAUUUGCUGUUGGCCUUGCUGCGCAUUUCGUCGCUCCCUCAAUGGUUGGGCCUGGCUCCGGCCACUGCUGUCAAGGCACCCGACGGACUUGGGAUGGCCCAAGGAUGGCCUUCAGCAUAUCAGAGCGUCUUCGGGCUGAAGGAUGGAGGCCCCACGUUGAACUCGGAGGAUCCAGUGAGACUCUGGGCCUUGCUGAUGGACGUGGCUUUGGAAGCUGGUCGCAAGGCGGUGGAAUACCUCGACACCUUGCGUGGGCAGCGGGAGGAGCUGCACCGCUUGCUGAUUGCCAGCUCCAGUAGUGGCGCAGGCGAUCCCUGGUUGCCAUUGUCUUUAUCCUUGGUGGGUGUUGGUGAGUCCACUUCUGAUGGUGCACCUCCGAGCCCCAGAGGUUUUUCGCCUUCACAUUUGGCUAUGGGGCUCACGCCCAUGGCAGCACCCCACAGCCCCGGGCGAGCCUCUCCGCACUUUGGACCUGAUACAAGGAGCAAUGGCGGAGUGGGAAGCCAGCGGGGAAAACGAACCCUGCGUUACAAGUUUGCUGCGCGGCGUCCGCAUACCGCGUUAGGGAGCCAGCUGGGGUGCGCCACACCAGAGGGUAUCAGCCUCAUUGAGUUGAGGAAGUUGGCAAGCAGCGUCUUGGAGCUCUCCUGCAUGUUGUUGUGCCGCUUCUGCCAGGUGACCAAGAGCGGCAUUUCGGCACCCCGCGGUCCCAGCAUUGGUAUCCUGCAUGGGCUGUUGAGUUUCCUGCACGAGAUCCUUAGCUCGGACUCAGGUCUAGACCCAGAGACCGUCUCCUUCCUUGGAGCCUUGCACGCCAGGGAACAGCAGCUGGGUACAGAGGCCAAAGUGCUGCAAGAUGCAGGCAGCCAGCCCAAUCCAGCGUUCGACGGCGACGCGUGGCUUCUGGGGGAAGCGUGA